UAAGGGGCGAAAUGUCUUGUUCCCUGCGCGAUGUGUAUACAAAACGCAAUGCAAUGAUUACGAAUUUUCUCAAAGAAGAAAUCAAAUGAUGAUAGAUAUCGUGUUUAGGUAUGAAGAUAAGGAAUACAUUGAGCGUCGAAAGAUGAGAAUGCAUGAUAGAUAGACCUGAAGGUUCCAAUGUGAAAAAUGACUGGAGCUUGAAAAAUCACAGGUAGAAAUUCGAAACUUAAAACAGGGAGUACAAUAUGGUUACCUCUAAAACGAAACAUGUGGAGAACCUGAGGUUCCUCUCUACCAUCAUCCUGGUUGUAGCCCUAGGACUGGGACUGUACACACAGUGGCAGGUGACAGAGAACACAGCCAUUCUUAUCAUCUCCUUGGUGGGCCUCCUGGUGUUUGGCCUCUCCUGUGCCUUACAGUUCUAUUUUCACUACCCCUACAUUGGACAGGUUCUCUUCCACAUCUGGCUGGGCUGCAUUCUCGGAAUCAUCAUAUUCUCUGAGGAGAAGGAAAUCCAGUAUAUGAUGCCACAGGAAGUGAUGAACAUUCUAUUUAUAACCAGUCUGUGUGUGCACUGUUUCUGGACUAUCCUGCAGAGGGCGCUGAGGAUGUACAAUCAUGCCCCUUCACUGUGCCCUCAGGUCGAGAUCCUGGAGGGAAUCGGGUUUGCUGUGUCUACUCUUAUCACAGGGAAUGAUGCCAUUGCAAUCUCUUUAAUGAUCGUAGCUGUGUCGUGUAAUUUAGUGGCUAUAAGAAUGAAGUCUUAUUUAGGCUUGUUGAACUUUAUUGGACUUGUGUGUUUGGCCUGUUUUGUGUUUUACAAUGAUUUGAACAUUUCUGUGAACCUCUAUGGCCUGGCUUGUUUUGUAGGUAGGCAUGCAUUUGAACCCAUCAUAGACUUGUAUUUCUCAGGAUUGUCAUCCUUGGAGAGAUGGGAAUCUUUCUUCAGAUUAUCCAAGUUUUGGAGACAUAUAACAGUUUUAUGUGUAUUUAUACUCAAUUUAGUAACAGGGGGAGUUAUUGGUCGAUUGUCAGCCAAUCACAAGGAGUGGUUCAUCGUGGUGCCACUGUUUGUGUUGUUUGCCAUUUUGUGGCUGUGCUUUCAUUUACUGUCUUUCAUUACCUGCUGGAAACUCAUGAAUAAAAUCACUGACUGCAAUCUGACAUUUGCUAGUCUUCCAGAUGAAAACAAAAACAUGAACCAAAUCAUGGCCUCUAGAGGUGUGCGCCACUUCAGUCUGAUCUCUCAGCGCUUGGUGUGUGUAACCCUAGUAACAACUGUGAUGUUGGUGGGGGUAGGGUGGACUACAAGGACCGCCUACAGUUUGAGCUUUAUCUCCAUUUUGCUGCCAAUAGAGUGCAUGACUCUCAGUUUAUUUUGGGAAUUGGGCACCUUCCUUGGAGGAACGGUCACAGGGUAUGCCAUCAUUACUCCAAACACAGGCCAAAGAAGAAACACUGGUGCUACUCUGCUCUCUGGUGCCUUGGUGCAGGAUAUUGGAACAAGAGCCACAGCUUCCCUCAACAAGAUGAACCAGUUUUUCUCCUAUCACAUGAUCGAUUGCUUUGGAUGCGACUAUUCCACCAGUGGGCUAUCCCCAGACAACCUUGAGAGCAAAGUGAAGGCAUUUUUUGACCGUAGGACCAGUGAUGGUCCACGCUUCGAUACCUACGUCGUAUUUUACUCGGGGGAUACCUUUGAAACAGGAGACUGGGCUUUGACAGAUGGACGGUCUUUAAGUUUUCUAACAUUGCUUGACUGGUGGUCUAACAAAAACACACAUUCUGGUUCCCGGCUCAUCCUCAUAAUGGACACAGAUAGCUCCUACAUGUGGCUGCCGUCCGUCAAGAGAGUUUCUGAGGACUUUGUUGCCAUUCAGACAUGCAAAUACAGUAAACCUGCAGAUCCAGAAUCCUCAGAGGUGGCCAAGGUUGGUCGCUUCACAAAAGAUUUUGUUAAAUACAACCAGGGAGAAGAAUUGGAACUAAACUGGAGUGACAAGGAGAGGAGAGUGUGUGCCCUCUAUCAGGUGUCCAGGAGUUGGACGGACUUCACAUUCCAUCUACCAACAAAGGAGGAGAUCAAUGACCACUGGGAUAUCAGCUUCCCCAAACUUCUGAAACCACUAGUGCGGGCUGUUAACUUUGGUGGGGUGGGGAACCCCUGUUUCUGUGUGGGGUGUGUGAUGAGGUGUUUAAAGAGGAAGAAAAUGAAAUGGUUGCCCCCAAAAGAGUUGAAUACUGGUCACAGCUUUAAAUUGAUCCGAUCAUAAAUUACCCCCCCCCCCUCUUUUCAGAGAACUGAAUAUUGGACACAGCUUUGAAUUGAUUUACCACACACACAGACAUUGUAUAAUCUAUGUUUGGUCAAUUUGACCCUAAAAAGGACUUUCCUUGAACUUUGCACAGUCUCCACAAUCAAACAGAGAGUUUGAGUUCACUAAGGGGCAAGAUCAAAAAUCGAUGUCGGAUAAAAAUCUGAAUUCAAAUAGUUGGAGGGAGGGGGAGUAAAAUUUCCGUAAGUUUCUGUCAUCCGACAUCGAUUACACUUUAGUGGGGAAAAAAGAAGACAAGUGGCUGUUAAAAACCACAUACAUGUAAUGUUACAUUUUUGUACAUGUACACUUUAAAUUGUGAAUAAACAGUAGUAAAAGAAUAAAGAGUAUUAUUUAUACUCGUAUGUUUUUACUUGUUAAUCGAUUAGUUUCAACAUUCAUCAAAAUUAGAUUUAAGGGGGUUGGAAAUAGGUAUUGGUGAAAACAAUAUGAAUUUAGUUUUUUUGUCAGACAUUGAACGUUUGAUCUCGCCCCAAAUUGAUAAUCAGAGUGAAAGAAAACUUUAUUUGCAAUUUUUGUUCUUUAUAGUUUGAAUAGAAGUUUUUUAUUGUCUGUAUAGUUUAUUUAUUGAAUAUAUUUUUGGAAUACAUGCUUUUGAAUUUAUAA